AUGGGAUAUCCUCUCCUCUCUUGGGGGCUUGGGGUUGGUGAAAUAUUUUUUUGGCAAGAUAAAUGGCUUGGUAAUGAAUCGAUUGAUAAUAUUCUUAAUACUUCUUCCGUGUCCACGCUUAAAGUUAACUCUUUUUUCAGUAACAAUUGUUGGGUUAUUCACAAGAUUUCGAGUGAGGUUCUGGAUUGCAUUAGGGAGCGGAUCAUUAAGGUGCCUAUUAAUAAUCACUCCAAGGAUAUUCUUAUGUUUAAUGCUUCCAAAGAUGGUAAAUUCUCUCUUAAAAGUGCUUGGAAUGCCUUUAGGAAUAAAGGUGACUGUCAGAGUAUUUUUACUAAAAUUUGGCAUAAGAAUAUCCCUAACACUAUUUCUAUUUUUGUUUGGAGAGCCUUACAUAAGUUUCUUCCUACGGAUGAUAACAUGAUUUAUAAGGGGCUUAGUCUUGCUUCCAAAUGUCAAUGUUGUUUACACACUGAGAACUUUCAUCAUGUUCUGAUUUCGGGUCCUGUUGCUGUGAGGACGACGUGGGUUUAUUUUGAUGAUCUUUUCAAACUUAAUUGCUUUAACUAUCAUCUUCCUCUUAAAGUUUAUUUGAAUUGUUGGUUGGUUAACGUUAAAGGUCAUAUUCGUAAUGUUAUUCCUUGUCUGAUCUUAUGGUUCCUUUGGUUGGAGAGAAACAACUCCAUUUUUAACGGUGUGAAGAUGGAUCAUUUGAAUGUCAUUCAGAAAGUUAAAGAUAAGGUGGCGGCUCUUUUGGCUGUUAAUUUGAUUUCUACAAAGGAUUUUAAAAACUAUUUAUCUGUUUUUGAUACUUUAGGUGGUUCCAUGGAUCCUUCGAUUCCUCUUGUGCAUACUUUUAAAUGGAACAAACCUCCUCAUAACUUUUACAAAUUAAAUAUUGAUGUUAGUAUUAAGGGUAAUGUUGCUGGUUUUGGUGGGGUGAUCAGGGACAGCAAAGGCUUUCUCAUUGCUGCCUUUGCGAGGCCUCUAAAAAAUGUUGAUUACCUGCAAGCUGCCAUUUAUAAGGCCAUCCUUUAUGGUUGUCAUCUGUGCAACAACAUCAAUGUUGUUAAUUUGUUUAUUGUAGUCAUCGAUUCCGUUAAUCUUUCUCUGUUUUCUGUGGAGGAGGAUGCUUGUUGUAAUGCUAACUGCUUCUAUCUUAUCCGUGAGAUCAAACAUUGCCUGUUGGGUUUAAAUUACUCUUUUCUGCAUAUUGUGAAUGGUAGUAACGUUUGUGCUAUUUGGCUGGCUCGUUUGGGCUGUGUGCUCAAUGAGAAUAAGGAUUUUGUUUGGGAUAAUUGUCCUAAACAGCUUAAGGGUUAUCUGAAACUUGAAGAGAAGGAGGUUCCUUCUGUUAUUUACUAA